AGCAGUCACACGGUUCAGUCUGAGCUGCAGAGAAGAUGGCGGUCAGAGUAAUGAGAGGAGGUGACACCGGUCCAGCUGCCCGAGAACAUGUCCAGGCGGUCAGUAGGGACUACCUGUCCCAGCCCAGGCUGACCUAUCGGACAGUAUCUGGAGUGAAUGGGCCUCUUGUUAUCCUGGACCAUGUUAAGUUCCCUAGGUAUUCAGAGAUUGUACACUUGACUCUUCCGGAUGGAACAAAGAGGAGUGGGCAAGUGCUGGAAGUUAGUGGGUCUAAAGCUGUAGUACAGGUAUUUGAAGGCACUUCUGGUAUUGAUGCCAAAAAGACCUCCUGUGAAUUCUCAGGGGACAUUCUGAGAACCCCUGUAUCCGAAGACAUGCUGGGUCGUGUUUUUAACGGCUCAGGGAAGCCCAUUGAUCGAGGACCAACUGUCUUGGCUGAAGAUUAUCUGGACAUCAUGGGACAGCCCAUUAAUCCUCAGUGUCGUAUCUACCCGGAGGAGAUGAUCCAGACUGGUAUCUCUGCCAUAGAUGGCAUGAACAGCAUUGCUCGUGGUCAAAAAAUCCCAAUCUUUUCUGCUGCGGGGCUUCCCCAUAAUGAGAUUGCGGCUCAAAUCUGUCGCCAAGCAGGUCUGGUGAAAAAAUCUAAAGAUGUAAUGGACUACAGUGAGGACAACUUUGCUAUAGUUUUUGCCGCCAUGGGGGUAAACAUGGAGACAGCUCGCUUCUUCAAGUCAGAUUUUGAAGAAAAUGGUUCAAUGGACAAUGUGUGUCUUUUCCUGAAUUUGGCAAAUGACCCCACUAUAGAAAGAAUCAUCACCCCACGUCUGGCUCUCACUACUGCUGAGUUCCUUGCCUAUCAGUGUGAAAAACACGUUCUGGUGAUUCUGACUGACAUGAGCUCCUAUGCUGAGGCCCUGAGAGAGGUAUCCGCUGCCAGAGAAGAGGUCCCUGGCCGUAGAGGCUUCCCAGGUUACAUGUACACAGAUUUGGCCACAAUCUAUGAAAGAGCUGGACGUGUGGAGGGAAGAAAUGGUUCCAUUACCCAGAUCCCUAUCCUGACCAUGCCUAAUGAUGAUAUUACUCAUCCCAUCCCUGACUUGACUGGAUAUAUUACGGAGGGUCAAAUUUAUGUGGAAAGACAACUGCACAACCGGCAGAUUUACCCACCUAUUAACGUGCUGCCCUCACUGUCCCGUCUCAUGAAGUCCGCUAUUGGUGAAGGCAUGACCAGAAAGGAUCAUUCAGACGUUUCUAACCAGUUGUAUGCCUGUUACGCCAUUGGAAAAGAUGUGCAAGCAAUGAAAGCUGUGGUGGGAGAGGAAGCUCUGACCUCUGAUGAUCUUCUCUAUCUAGAAUUUCUGCAGAAAUUUGAGAAAAAUUUUAUAGCUCAAGGUCCGUAUGACAACCGCACAGUGUAUGAGACACUGGAUAUUGGGUGGCAGCUCCUUCGAAUCUUCCCCAAAGAGAUGCUCAAGAGAAUUCCGCAGUCUACCCUGACUGAAUUUUACCCGAGAGAUUCAUCUGCUAAGCAUUGAGCUGAACUUUCAUGACCCGUCAUCCAUCCAUCUUCUCUUACUUCAUCACCACCUCAUCCUGUGCUGUUUACAUAUCCUGGCAACCCUUGCAGGGGCACGGUUAAAACUGUAUACCCCAUAGUCCUUUUGGGAUCAAAAUAAGUCAGAUUGUCUACAAAUAAUAAAUCAACACAUGUUUAUAACCUCAGGAGAGGGCAUUUAUGGGCAAUUCAGCUGCUGCUGGACUACAUCUCUUAGCAGUUUUAGUCCAGCCACACCUGAGUUGCCACUAGGAGGGUAUCUACUGACCGGUGGCAAUUGUAAAACUGUCCCCUACACACAUUUGUAACACGCAUGUAUUUAUUGUGCAGGUAAUGCACAUGUGGUUUUUAUCGUGUCUUUGUGUGUAAAUUCUACAGUUUAGCUUUUAAGAGCCAUUUUAGUCUAAUCCUAGUACAAUUAAAUGCCUAGUGAAAAAAUGGCUGACCAUUAUCUUUGUUGGUAUCAUUUAUUCUUUAAAGUCUUGGGGAUAAUUAACAGCUCUGCUCCAUUGUUAAAGACUUCUGAAAUUAAUUUUCUAAACCUAUACUUUGUCAGUGUUCCAGGUAAUUGUCGUAUCCUGGAGCAUCGGUAGCCCUUGAUGAGCCAUUGGUCUGUAUUGUCCUUUCUUCGUUUUGCUUGUGUUUUAGCAUCUCAUACUUGGUCUUCAUGUAUUGCCCUACUCCUAUGCCCUUUUAAUGUUUUACCUUCUAUCCUACCAAGUUAGUGAUGUUGGCUUAUAUUUUUAAUGGCUAUACUUUCUAUAUUAUUUUUUCCUUUUUUUUUUUUUUCCUUGCCUCUAAAAUCCCAUUAUACAUAUGAGGUUUCUUACCAGUGGGCAUACUUGUGUUAUUUUGUUUGUCAGGUUGGUGCAAUAGGCUGCUCUUUGCUUCAUUCCAUCUGUAAACGGUGUAUAAAUUUAUUGCAGAAUGUCAGAUUUAAAUAAAUAUUACAUGUACUGUUUGAACCUCCAA